AUGGGGACGGGGCCGAAACGGGGCGAUGAAGACCCUGCGGCGGAGGAGGAGGAGGAGGAGGAGGAGGAGGAGGAGGAGGGGGAGGAGGAGGAGGAGGAGGAGGAGGAGGAGGGGGACGACAAGGAGGAGGAUGAGGAGGAGGAGGAGGAGGAGGAGGAGGAGCAGCAGGAGGAGGAGGAGAAGGAGGAGGAGGAGGAGGAGGAGGAGGAGGAGGAGGAGGAGGAGGAGGAGGAGGAUGUGGCGGUAGUGAAGGGACGGGGCGGGCGAGGCAAACGUGUGAGUGGUACAGGGAAGGUGGGGGGCCGGAGUCGCCAUUCCCGAAAACGCGGGGCAGUCGACGCCGCGCACGGUGAAGCAGCGGGCAAACCGAAGUCGUGUAAGGUGAAGGUUGCAAGUGAAGGGGUGGUAAAAAGCAAGGGAGCCAGGGAGUAA